UCCAGCGGACAACACCUGCUUCGUCUUCCUCUCACUACUGCUCGCUUAGCGUCGUCUGUUCUCAGCUGGCUCCUCUACACUUGUGCGGCUCGCUCAGCGUCUUCUGUUCUCACCUUGCCCCCCUGCGCUCGUGCUGGCCAAAAUGGCGCGAUUUAAGGGUUGUGCGUUCUUCGUUGUGUUUUUGCUUUUGGUAGCCGGGUGCCAAACAGAAGUCCCCACCACCACUACAGGUGUCCCCACCACCACUCCAGAAGUCCCCACCACCACUACAGGUGUCCCCACCACCAUUCCAGGUGUCCCCACCACCACUACAGGUGUCCCCACCACCACUCCAGAAGUCCCCACCACCACUACAGGUGUCCCCACCACCAUUCCAGGUGUCUCCACCACCCCUCCAGGUGUCCCCACCACCACUCCAGAAGUCUCCACCACCACUCCAGGUGUCCCCACCACCACUCCAGAAGUCCCCACCACCACUCCAGGUGUCCCCACCACCACUCCAGAAGUCCCCACCACCACUACAGGUGUCCCCACCACCAUUCCAGGUGUCUCCACCACCCCUCCAGGUGUCCCCACCACCACUCCAGAAGUCUCCACCACCACUCCAGGUGUCCCCACCACCACUCCAGAAGUCCCCACCACCACUCCAGAAGUCCCCACCACCACUCCAGGUGUCCCCACCACCACUCCAGAAGUCCCCACCACCACUACAGGUGUCCCCACCACCACUCCAGACGUCACCACCAUCACUCCAGACGUCACCACUGCCCCGCCUUCCACCUCUGAUCCAUGUAACAAGAAUCCCUGCGGUGGUGGGAGUACUUGCCAGAGACGAUUUAAUGAAACCUACACCUGCCUGUGCUUGGUGGGAAUGAAUUACGAUGAGAAUGAAAGGCAGUGUGCAGAUGCCAAGGUGUUCCCUGGCAAACUUGAACUAUUGCUGCCAUGGGAUAAACAGCUGAAAAUUAAAACAUCAGAAUGCUUCAAAAAACAAUCCGAAUACAUUAUUGCUAUGCUCAACAAAACCUUCAAAGAUCUGGAUGUAACGUACCUUAAGAGUACAGUAUUGGAGUUCAAUCCUAGUGAAUCUGUCGAGAUGAACCUGAGGAAAAACAAAAAUACAACAGCAACUGUGGAAAACCUCUUUCAACUCAGUUCUAACGCUAACGACAGUUGGGUUAGAGACACAGUGUUGAAAGCUAUAGAAAAUGACACACUGAUCGCAUCAUUCAAUGCUAUAAAUUUGUGUGAUCGAAAUGCCUGUGAUAAAGCGACUACAAAUUGUAAAACAGGCGACGAAGGAUCAUUCAACUGUUCUUGUGUUCCUGGUUAUCUCGCUUCUAAAUUCAGCACCAGAGCAUGUUUUGCUUGUCCCAGUGGAGAGAGGCCCUACAAUGAUACUCAUUGUUAUCCUUGUGCCUUCGGAAAAUCUGGAUUUAACUGUGAAGAAUCCUGGCAACUGGCACUGGUGAUCGUUGGGUCGGUCUUGGGAGGUCUGCUCUUCCUCAUGGCCAUUGUUGUAGGUGUGUUGUCAUGCAGGCCUUCAAGGAAGAGCAGCAAGAAGACGUCGGGCACGGAGGAGGACGCGGCUACAUACUACAGCCACUCCCUUGCCAAGGCGCCGCUCAUAAACCCCAAUGGACCUAUGCCGGUCGCCGCAAACGGGUUCCCCAAGAUACCAAGGGCCACAUCCACCAGGGACCCACUUGGAGGGGGCCGCAUGGAGAUGACCCCCAAUAACAGCCAGCUCAUCGCUGGUCCGAGGGCCGGCCAUGCAGCGCCCCACGUUCAGAACCGAGACCCCUAUGAGCAGAACCGAGCGACGACCAACCCCUACGUUCAGAACCGGGAACCCUAUGAGCAGAACCAAGCGACAACCAACCCCUACGUUCAGAACCGGGACCCCUAUGAGCAGAACCGAGCGACGACCAACCCCUACGUUCAGAACCGGGACCCCUAUGAGCAGAACCGAGCCAUGAACAACCCCUACGUUCAGAACCAGGCUUAUAACAAUAAGAAGCGAGGAUACACAAAUUCAAACUACAUGCACGACGAUGAGAGAAGCUAUUAAUGAGGCAUCUAUGAGCCGGCCCCUGCCCUCCAGCUGAUACGAGGAACAGCACACCUGACGGCACACGUUCAGCUGCUUGCUUAUUUAUUAAUUCAUGGUUUUAAAAUUAAAAUGAAGUGAGAAUGAAUUUGCUUGAAAUUCAGUGCCAAAAUGUAUUUGGUAUUCAGUGUAACUAAAUAUAAAUUGUUUUACCUUA